UGAAGAGGUUCCCUUCUGGCUGAAAUCAAUUGUAAAAAAUGACAUUGUUGUAUCCUCUUAUUAAUUAUUAUGAAUGAGAAUGAGUUCUUCUUUUGGAAAAAAAAAAAGAAAAGAAAAAAAGAAGUUCUAAUCGUACACAUGCAAAUCAGAGCAAAUUUACCCUUUUUUUUUUCUUUUUUUUUUUCUUGAAAUGCUGAAUUCCAAUUUUUUUAUUUUUUUAUUUAUGUUUAGGAACCUGUAUAUCGGGAGUAAGCAGUGACCAAACCAACCAUAGGACGACAUGAACGACGAUCAAAGUCUCAGACAGGAUCUGGACCCCCAAAGCGACCACAGCUCCGACUACCUCCCUCACCACCCCCACCAUCCCUCCCACCCUCUCCAACCCCAACAACAACCUCAGCCUCAGCCCCGCCGACCUCGUGGCUUCGCCGCCACAGCUGCCGGGUCCGUGGGCCCCACCAGUCCCUCCACCCCCACCACUAAUAAGGGCAAGAGGGAGAGGGAGAGGGAGAAGGAGCGCACGAAGCUUCGAGAACGGCUCCGUCGAUCCAUCACGAGCCGGAUGCUCGCCGGCCUCCGUCAGUACGGCAACUUUCCGCUGCCUGCGCGUGCAGAUAUGAACGAUGUCCUCGCAGCCCUCGCACGUGAGGCCGGCUGGGUUGUCGAGGCCGACGGCACCACUUACCGCCAAUCUCCCCCUCCCUCCCAAAUUGCAAUGGGCAUGAGGUCGGUAGAGAGUCCAGUUUCAUCAGGUGUUAGAGCAACAAAAUCACUGGAGUGUCAUCCUCCUCACAACCCAUCAUCAGUUGUGAGAAUUGAUGAGAGCUUGUCACCAGCAUCUCUUGAUUCUGUUGUGAUUGCAGAGAGAGACACCACCAAGAAUGAGAAAUUUUCAAGUGGUGGAAGCCCCAUCAACUCUGUUGAGGCUGAUCAGCUCAUGCAAGACCUUCCCAUCAGACCUGGUAACCAUGGCAUUGGCACCACUGCUUUUUCUACACCCAAUCCCUAUGUUCCUCUCUAUGUAACACUUGCAACUGGGUUCAUCAACAAUUACUGCCAGCUGGUUGAUCCUGAAGGCUUAAGACAGGAGCUAACUCAUAUGCAAUCUUUAAGUGUAGACGGUGUUGUCGUGGAUUGUUGGUGGGGUAUUGUUGAAGGAUGGAGCCCCCAGAAAUAUGUUUGGUCUGGUUAUAGAGGUCUUUUUAACAUUCUCCGGGAGUUCAAGUUCAAAUUGCAGGUUGUAAUGGCAUUUCAUGAAUAUGGAAGAAGUGAGUCCGGUGAAGCCCUGAUCCCUCUUCCACAGUGGAUCUUAGAGAUUGGUAAGGAAAACCAGGACAUAUUCUUUACAGAUCGAGAAGGAAGGAGGAACACUGAAUGUCUAUCUUGGGGCAUUGAUAAAGAAAGAGUUUUACAUGGAAGAACUGGUGUCGAGGUCUAUUUUGAUUUUAUGAGAAGUUUUCGCACUGAAUUUGACGACUUGUUUGCUGAGGGUCUUAUUUCUGCUGUGGAGAUUGGGCUUGGAUCAUCUGGGGAGCUUAAGUAUCCUUCCUUUUCAGGAAGGAUGGGAUGGAGGUAUCCUGGUGUCGGUGAGUUUCAGUGUUAUGAUAGAUAUUUACAACAAAGUCUGCGGCGAGCGGCUAAAUUGCGUGGGCACUCAUUCUGGGCCAGGGGACCUGAUAAUGCUGGUGAAUACAAUUCUCGGCCGCAUGAAACUGGCUUCUUUUGUGAGCGCGGUGAUUAUGAUAGUUAUUACGGGCGCUUUUUCCUUCAUUGGUAUGCACAGUCACUAAUUGACCAUGCGGAUAAUGUACUGUCUCUUGCAAGCCUUGCCUUUGAUGAAACCAAAAUAAUUGUCAAGGUUCCUGCAGUCUAUUGGUGGUAUAAGACUUCCAGCCAUGCAGCCGAGCUAACUUCUGGGUACUAUAACCCAACAAACCAGGAUGGGUACUCUCCAGUUUUUGAAGUUCUGAAGAAACAUUCAGUGACAGUGAAGUUUGUUUGCUCAGGACUGCAUAUAUCGAGUCAGGAUAAUGAUGAAGCACUGGCUGAUCCAGAAGGUUUGAGUUGGCAGGUUUUAAAUUUAGCCUGGGAUCAAGGAUUGCUUGUAGCUGGUGAAAAUGCACUUUCAUGUUAUGAUAGAGAAGGAUGCAUGAGAAUAGUUGAGAUGGUCAAGCCAAGGAAUGAUCCUGAUCACCGCCAUUUUUCAUUUUUUGUAUACCAGCAGCCAGCUCCUCUAGUUCAAGGGGCAAUUUGCUUUUCAGAGUUGGAUUUUUUCAUUAAGUGCAUGCAUGGUGAGAUAGCUGGAGAUCUAGUAUCGUGUUAAAGAUUGAAUUCUGUGUUCUUUCAGAGGAUGUUAAAUAACAGGGAUGGACUUUUCAAUUGCUCAUGCUGGUUUCAUCCAAGGUAAAAGGAGACAUGAGGUUCGAAAGUUCCAUAAUAGUUGUUCUAGAUUUCAGUAUGAAUUGUUCCGGCCAAAGAAGUGACAGCAUAAACUUCAACUUCAAUUUGUGGUGUCGUCUAACUCAUGUUUCUUCUAAAGGCAGUUUCAGAUCACAGAAGAAAAAAAACGAACGAAAAAAGAGGCAGUUGGUAUGUGGUGCAAAGCCAUUUGUAACUUUUGUUUUUUUGAUUCCUCUCUCUUUGUUUUGUAGUAUUAAAAGGCAUAUUUAGCUGUGUAAAUAAAGUUUGUGUAAUUUAACAAAGACGCUCAGAUCAAAACAGAAGGGAUUGGAUUGAACAGAAUUGAGCAAGAAAGUGGUUCAGUCAAAAUUAAUGGAAUCAUCUUUUGAACUGUGGUUUUAACA